AUGCCCAGCUCUCUGCCCCUCGUCGACCGGGCACUUGCGAUCUUCGUGGUUUCUGCUGUGAUGAUGGUAAUUUCGGCCGUGGCAGUUGUUCUACGUAGCUUUGUUCGCUUGUACUUGGUGCAAGCCUUCAAUUGGGAUGAUGCUCUGAUGACGAGGAUGCUGACAAUAUUUCACCAGUCACUCUUCGUAGUUUUGGGAAUAUGUUGUAUGAUUGGCACGCUAAGCGGAGUCGGUCAUAGAAUGGUCGAGUUUGUGGGUUUGGGGGCAUUAGACUCCACCUACCAAAUCGCAAUCUGGUCUGUAAUGGAGACCGGCCUCGGCAUCAUAGCCGGCAGCCUUGUCACUCUUCGCCCACUGUUCCGCUGGUUUCUGGACAGCAACCUGUCCGAACGCCACAGACGCGGUACCAAACGCAGCGACAGACAAUACCCGCUUUCUAGCUUACCGGAUGAUCCACCGAAGGAGUCUCGCGAUCCAAGCUACUGGCGCCCUGACCUGCCGGAGGAAGUUCCCAGCGUUGUGACAACCAUCUCGUCACCAAUGGUACGAAGCCAUCUGGAUGACGACCACAGCAGCCAGGAAGGACUGAGCGUUCCUGAGGACUCAUGGGCCCGUUAUCAGGUCAACAUCCACAAGACGUUCCAGAUUACCACCGCACCUUCUUGUUGCCAGUUAUCCUUGAUCCUCACUUAG